AUGACGGGCUUGUUGCCGGGGAGGAUGGUGGCAGAGCCGGACCAGCAGCCAAACUGGUUGAAGGGUUAUGAAGGGAAGAUGGCGGGCUCUAAGGCGUGCCAGUUUAUCAGGCAGCUUGCCUAUGCCGGACCCGCUGAUAUAUUCGACGAAUACCUACAGUUGGGUGAAACAACUGCUCUGACGGCGCUGAGGCAGUUUUGUAAUUGUAUCCAGACCAUCUUCGGUCCGGAGUAUCUACGGAAGCCAAAUGCCGAUGAGUGCCAGAGAUUGAUAGAUAUGCACGGGCGAGUGCAUAAUUUUCCGGGGAUGAUGGGCAGCAUCGAUUGCAUGCACUGGGAGUGGAGGAACUGCCCGGUUCCUUGGAAGGGGCAGUUCACAUCUGGAUUCAAAGGAAGACACCCAACAAUGAUACUGGAAGCUGUUGCUGACUACCGACUGUGA